UCGGGCCCGCCUGCGCGGAAACGCGGGAGGAUGCGCAGCGCGGCGAGCGUCGAGCUUGCGGCCGCCUUUAACACGUCCCGCUGCCACGCGUGGCCUCUCGUCAUAGGCUGCAGGCGCCGGAGCGCGGUGCCUGCGGGACUUCUGGGCAGCCGGCACUGAAAAAGCCGUAAAGGCGUUCAUCCCCCGGUUGGGAAGAGGGUUCUGCUUAGCCUCUGUCUUUCACGGAGGAUGCGGAAGGCACGGCCAUGGAAAAGAAACAGCAUUUCGUUAGGAGGGAGCUUCUUCCCAGAGACGUGCCAUCCAUCUCGCUGGCGUUACUGCUUGCGGCCGUCCUGCUCCUUAAUGCCUUUCUCUACCUGUACCUCAACAAGUUUUCCAGCUCUCUGGGACAUGUCGAAACGGACUCUGGCCUCUGCCCUUUUGGGCAUUUCAAAUUCGGAGCGGUGAAGAAUUGUUCCCCGUGGCUUUCCUGCGAGGCCAUAAAUAGGGAAGUCAGGAAACUCAAGUGUGUUGGUGAAGGUGCUGUGAAAAAGGUCUUUCUUUCUGAGUGGAAGGAAAAGAAAGUGGUCCUUUCACAGCUCACCAACUCAGAGCUGAAGGAGGACUUUCUCCAUGGACUGAAGAUGCUGAAAGCCCUUCAGAGCAAGCAUGUUGUUCGGCUGCUUGGCUACUGUGAGCAGCAGUUCACAAUCCUCACCGAGUACCAUCCUCUUGGUUCACUGAGAGGCCUGAAUGAAACUCUCCACAUUCCCAAGUACAAGGCCAUGAACACCUGGCAUCGCAGGCUGAUGCUUGCUAUAGACUACGUGAGUGUCAUUCGGUACCUGCACAGCAGCCCCCUGGGCACCUUAGUGAUGUGUGACUCCAAUGACCUGGACAAGGUUCUCUCCCAGUAUCUCCUGACAAGUGACUUCCACGUUCUGGUGAAUGAUUUGGACGCUCUGCCUCUUGUGAACAGGAGUGCUGGCAGGCUGGUGAAGUGCGGUCACAGGGAGCUCUGGGGUGAGUUUGUAGCUCCUGAGCAGCGUUGGCCCUAUGGAGAAGAUGUGCCAUUCGAAGAUGACCUCAUGCCUCCCUAUGAUGAGAAAACAGACAUCUGGAAAAUCCCAGAUGUCUCAAAUUUUUUCUUGGGCCAUGUUGAAGGAAGUGACAUUGUACGACUGCAUCUGUUUGACAUCCAUGCAGCGUGUAAGAAGAAGGACCCGGCAGAACGGCCCUCUGCCCAAGAGGUCUUAGACACCUACAGGAAAGUUUUAACUCUGCUUAUUCGGGAGGCAGCCAUGCCUAGUACUAGAGAAAUGUUAUAGUGAAUCACGAGGCAAACAACACGCUGGGGUUUUAAGUUAAUGUCCUUCCUAUUUAUGUAGCUUGCCUGAUGGGCAAAA